UUAAUCUCCGGCGCGCCGCUGUUGAUGCACGGAGACGCGAAGGGGAGCCGUGGGGGACUGCUGCGCUGAGCUCAGGAUCGGCAUACAGAGGAAGAGAGACAGAGAGAGAAAGAGCAGCGGCAGCGCUACAUCCGUGGACCUGCAAGGACGAAUCUUCGAUCGUCAGCGAUCAGCAUGCACGUCCCAGCGGCGGCGGCGGCGGCGGCGGCUCCGCUUCUGCUGCUGAUGUGCGUGGCUGCGACCGCGCCGGGCGCCGUCCGCGCGAAAACGAUGCCCCAGGCGCAGAGGGUCGCGGCAGUGGAGGCGACCGGUGAAGCCGUGGUGCAGAAGGACUGCGUGGACAAUGGCAGGAUGUACCAUCUGCAGGAGCAGUUUGAGCGCACGUACCACGGGCGCGCCCUGCGCUGCACGUGCCUGGGCGGCCAGGCGCUGGAUUGCGAAGCCGUCCAGCAGCCGAGCGGCGAGCAGGUGUGCUUCGACCAGUACACGGGGCGACGCUACUCGGUCGGGGAGACCUGGGAGCGGCCUAGGAAGGGCAUGGUGUGGGACUGCACGUGCCUGGGCGCGGGCAUCGGACGGAUCAGCUGCUCCACCGAGAACCGGUGCCACGACCAGGGCCAGUCGUACCGUCUCGGCGAGCGCUGGAAACGGCCGCACAGCACGGACGGUCAGAUGCUCGAGUGCGUCUGCCUGGGCAACGGAAAGGGAGAGUGGACGUGCAACCCCGUGGCCGGGGCGGCGGAGCGCUGCUACGACUCCGUCCUGGGCUCCUCGUUCGCUGUGGGUGAGGAUUGGGAGCGGCCCUACCACACGUGGAUGAUCGUCGACUGCACCUGCUUGGGUGGUGGCCUCGGCCAAGUGUCCUGCUCCUCCAAAAAUCGCUGCAACGACCAGGACAGCCAGAGCUCGUACCGCGUCGGGGAGACGUGGACGAAGACGGACGCGGCGGGCGACCUGCUCCACUGCGUGUGCACGGGCAACGGGCGCGGGGAGUGGAAGUGCGAGGUGCACAGCACGGCAGUGGCCGCCGUGCACACCGGCGAGUUCGCCGGGGUGGAGGAGGCGCAGUUCCGCCCGUCGGCGCAGUGCGAGCUGGACAACGGAGCCACCUACGCCACGGGGCAGCAGUGGCUCAAGAUGCAAGGGACCGACCGCAUGCUCUGCACCUGCCUGGGCAACGGCGUCAGCUGCCAGACGUCCGGUGUGAUGACGUACGGGGGCAACGCGCCGGGGGAGCCAUGCGUCUUCCCCUUCAUGUACACGGGGCUCUCCUACACGGCGUGCGUGGGGGAGGGACGCAGCGACGGCAAGCUGUGGUGCAGCACCACGGGGAACUACGACCAGGACCGCAAGUACACCUUCUGCCGCUCCGAGUCCGCUGUGAUCCAGACGCGCGGCGGCAACUCGCACGGAGCCCUCUGCCACUUCCCCUUCCAGUACAACCAGCGGAGCUACACGGAGUGCACCGCAGAGGGGCGGCCCGACGCCAUGAAGUGGUGCAGCACCACGGAGCACUACGACGAAGAUCGCAAGUUCGGAUUCUGCCCCAUGGAGGCCCACGAGGAGGUCUGCUCGUCGCAGGGCGUGCAGUACCGUGUCGGCGACCAGUGGGACAAGCGCCAUCAGAUGGGGCACAUGAUGCGGUGCACCUGCAACGGGAACGGCCGCGGGGAAUGGAACUGCAUUCCUUACGCCCAGCUGCUGGAUCGCUGCGUGGUGGACGAGACGGAGUACAACGUGAACCAGACGUUCUCGCGCAAGCACGCCGAGGGCCACAUGAUGAACUGCACCUGCUUCGGCCAGGGCCGGGGCCGCUGGGCCUGUGACCCCAUCGACCAGUGCCAAGACCUGGAGCUGAUGCAGUUUUACCAGAUCGGAGAGACGUGGAACAAGCUGUACAAGGGCACGGCGUACAUCUGCGGCUGCUACGGCAACUCCGUGGGCGAGUGGAACUGCCGCCCGCAAACCACGGAGAUCGCCUCCAACAACCCCGUACAGGUCACCAUCAAAGAGGACAACAAGCACCGGCACUCCCAGCAGCUGCAGUGGACCAACACGCAAGGACGCCCCGUCAACUGGUACUUCCUCAAAUGGCGCCUGAAAGGCUCUCAGGCCCCGUGGAAGGAGGCCCGAGUUCCGGCCCAGCGCAACACCUACGUGAUCACGGGCCUGCGGCCGGGCAUGGUGUACGAGGGCCAGCUCAUCACACAGUUCUCCCACGGCGCCACCGCCAUCAGCAAGUUCGAGUUCAGCACCGCCUCCGUCCCCCUGACGCCGUGGGAGGGCGAGAGGGAGCGGCUACCUGGCACGGAGCAGCGCGUGUCGGACGCCGUCACCGAGGUGACGUCCAACAGCUUCGUGGUCGCCUGGGCCUCGGCCGGCGAGGUCAUGUCCGGGUACCGCGUCGAGUACGAGCUCACGGAGGACAGCUCCUCGCGCGAGAUCAUCAACCUUCCCGGGACCGCGACGUCCAUCACGCUGGACAGCCUCCUGCCGGGUCGCGAGUACACGGUCACCGUCAUCGAGCUGGGCGCUCGUGGCCUGGAGCGCAUCAUCCUCACCACCACGCAGACGACCGCCCCGGACGCCCCGGAGAACUACUCGAUCGACGAAGUCACCGAGUCAACGAUCGUCAUCCGCUGGAGGCUACCCAGUGCGCAAGUCUCUGCGUUCCGCAUCAUCUACCUGCCCAACGUGGACGGCGGAGAGAGCACGGACCUGCACCUCCCGCCGGACGUGACGCGUGCGCGCCUCGUGGACCUCCUGGCGGGGCACACCUACAACAUCAGCGUCUUCUCCGUGGCCGAAGACCUUGAGAGCCCCCCUCUCUUCAUGCAGGUGUCCACCCGGGGCUCAGCGGAAAUCGAGCAAAGGCCGCCGCUGCCGCCCAGCGACCUGACCUUCGUGACCGUGGGCGAGACCAAGGCCACGCUCACCUGGGCCCCUCCGCCGUCCGCGGAGGUGCGCGGCUACCGGGUCGUGGCGACGGCCGCACCGGGCCAGGGCCGCGUCCCCACCCGCGAGGUGACCGUGACCUCCGACCUGUACGCGGAGGUGGGUGGCCUCCUGCCGGGCCACACCUACCGCUUCCAGGUGUUCGCCGUCUACCCCGGCGGCGGGGAGAGCCCACCGCUGCAGGGAGAGCAGAGCACCAAACUGGACGCUCCGCGGGACGUCCGCUUCGUGGAGGUGGGCGAGACGAGCGUGACGGCGGCGUGGCGAGCGCCGCGCGGGCCCAUCGCUGGCUACCUGGUGCGCUGCGAGCCCACGGACGGCGGCGAGCCCCUGGAGCGCCAGCUGGGCGCCGACGUGGCGAGCUUCACGGUGGACGGACUGCGGGCGGGCAGCGAGUACGUGGUCACGGUGUACGCGCUCGCACGCGGGGACCAGGAGCGCAGCCCCGGGGUCAGCGGAAUCGUCUCCACGCAGUCGGUGAGGGAGAUGUCGGAGUUUGUGAUCGAGGUGACCGAGUCCACCAUCGUAGUGUCGUGGAACAGCGUGCCCCGGCUCUCCAUCAAGGUGAGAGUGGCUCCCGUGGAGGGAGGUGGCGACGCUCGGGAGUUCGAGUCGGACUCGGGCCGCCUGCUCAUCGAGGACCUCACGCCCGGCGUGGACUACACCGUCACCAUCCGCGUGCUUGUCGACGGGCAGCCGCGCGGGCAGCCAAUCCAGCGCCACGUCACGACCGCCUUGCCUCCCCCCACUGAGAUCAAAGUGGAGACCAACGGAAAUCCCGGGGAGCUGCAGGUCUCCUGGGAGAGCAGCGAGGUGCAGGCCAUCACGGCGUACCGCGUGACCUGCGUGGCGGACGGCCACGGCGGCUCGCGGCAGGUGCUGGAGGAGGUGGUGUCACCGCAACACAACUACACCGUGUUCGAGCACCUGCUGCCCGGAGUGCAGUACAACGUGAGCGUCUACGCCGUGGGGAUGGACGCCGAGAGCUUUCCUACGUCCACCGUCAGUCUACCUGAAAUCCCGCCGCCCAAGGGGCUGCGCUUUUCAGAGGAGUCCGACACCAGCGUCACGAUGCAGUGGCAGCACCCCAACCUGCCCAACGUGGCGGGGUACCGCCUCACGGUGGCCGCCCCAAGCUCCAGCUCGGACCACGGCUCGCCGCACGUGGACAGCGCCGGCCGCCCCGUCGCGUCCGGUCGCCGCCCGCAGCACGGAGGAGCGGCAGGAGGAGAGCCCCUGCUGAGUCUGCAGCUGGGGCCCGACGCGGAGCGGUACACGGUGAACGGCCUGGAGCCCGGCAUCGACUACCACUUCUCCCUGGCCACGGUCACGGAGCAGGGCCAGAGCCUGCCGGCCGCGCAGUGGCACAGCACGGCCGUGCCGCCCCCCACGAGCCUGCGCUUCUCGCACGUGCGCGAGGACGGCUUCCGACUCAGCUGGUCGCCCCCGGGGACGCUGACGACGCCCGCCAAGUUCCUGGUGCGCUGCCGCGGCCACGGCGGGGACCGCGCCGACGUGGACGUCGCCGCCGGCAGCAGCACGGCGGUGCUGAGCGGUUUGCAGGCUGGCACGGAGUACCAGGUGUUCGUUCACACCCUCCUGGACGGGCAGGAGAGCGUGGCUCUCACCGGCACUCAGUACACAGCGCCCGACGCUCCGACGGGCCUGCAGUUCUCGCACGUGACGCCGACGGCCUUCACCGUCGAGUGGCGGGCGUCGCUCGCCCCCGUGGAGGGCUACCGCGUGCGGUUCGGCCGCGAGGGCCACACCGAUCCCCGGGAGGAGUGGGUCCCGACGCCCGGGCACUCCGCAAGCCUCAGCGGCCUCGCGCCCGGCGAGCAGUACACGGUGGCCGUCUACGCGCUGUCCAGCAGCCGCCUGGAGUCGCGGCCGCUCACCGGUCGCCAGAUCACACCCGUGGACAGCCCCACCAAUCUCCAGGUCACCAGCCAAUCGGCCACCAGCUUCCUCGUCAGCUGGACUCCGCCCACCACCUACGUGUCCAACUACAUCGUGAGCUACCACUACGGGAGGCAGCCGGAGCGUCAGGUGACCGUGUCUGGGCGGGAGAGCUCCGUGCUCGUCGAAGACCUGCAGCCGGGCGCGGAGUAUUCGGUCAGCCUACGCGCGGUCACGGAGAGAGGAGACCAGCCCGCGGGAGAAGCCCUCACCACCACGCACGCCACGGGUAUCGACGGUCCCACGGACGUGGAAGCGGUGGAGGUGCGCGACACGAGCAUCCUCCUGCGCUGGGCCGCCCCCCGCGCCCCCGUCCAGGGCUACCGGGUCUCCUGCUCCCCCACGGGGGGUCACGGCGGGGCCCCCAUCGCCAAAACCCUCUCCAGGGGUCAGUCAGAGGUUACGAUCGACUCGCUGUCUCCGACCACGGAGUAUCUCAUCCAGGUGGUCGCCCUGGGAUUCGCGCAAAACAGCGAGGCGACGAGCAUCACGGUGCAGACCGGCGUGGACCGCCCCCGGGGCCUCACGUUCCGGGACGUCGGCGUGGACUCGAUGGUCGCCUCGUGGCAAGCGCCGGAGGGCCGCGUCACGGGCUACCGGGUCACCUUCCAGGGCGCGGGAGACGAGGACGGGGGAUUCUCGCGCGAAGUGCUGCCCGCGCCGGGACCUGGCGCCGAUUCGGUGAUCGUCGGCGGGCUGCGGCCGGGCCAGGAGUACACGGUGCGCGUGUUCGCGCUGAACGGGCACCGCGAGAGCGUGCCGCUCACCGGCACGCAGAUCACGGCCAUCCCGCCGCCGACGGCGCUGGAGUUCCCGGAGGUGGGCGCGGACUCGGUGGCGGUGCGCUGGAGCGCGCCGCGGCCCGACGCCGGCCUCACGGGCGUCCGUGUCGUGUUCGAGCCGCGCUCCCGCAAGGCCUCGCGCAAGGAGAUCUCCGAGGGGCCCCGCGCGACCGCCACCACCGUCACGGGGCUCACGGCAGGAGUGGACUACGCCGUGUCCGUCUACGCCGUCAAGGACGCCCUGACAAGCAAGCCCCUGCAGGGCACCGUGCGCACCGUGGAGAGCAUCCCCGCGCCGUCCAAGGUGUCGGUGACGGAGACGCACGCCGGCUCGGUGACGCUGGAGUGGCGCUCGCGCCCCGACCCGCUGACCGGCUUCCUGAUCGUCGUGCAGCCGGCGGCGGCGGGCGCCGGGGGGCGCCCCGCGGAGCACACGGUGCCGCCUGGCGCGCGCACCUUCACCGUCACCGGGUUGCAGCCUGGAGUGCGCUACGUCAUCUCUAUCUACGCCGUGCGUGGGGGCAGGAGAAGUCAACCCGUCACAGUCACCACCGCCACCGCCGUGGACUCGCCCACAGGCCUGAAGCGCGUCACCUCCUCGGAGGACAGCUUGACCCUGGGCUGGACGCGCCCGAGGGCCUCCAUCACCGGCUACCUGCUCACCUGCCAGGCAGCCCGAGGAGGGCCCGCGAGGGAGCACAGGCCUGACGUCAGCGCGACCCAGUACACCAUCACCGAUCUGCAGUCGAACACGGAGUACGUGUUCAGCCUCGUGGCAGUGCAGGACACCGUGAGAAGCCAGCCUCUGCGUGGCUCCUUCCGCACCGCUGAGGCUGUGAGGCCGGAACUGCUGGCGACGCCAGCACCCCGGCCGCCCAUCGCUCCCGCGAAGGUUCCCGCGGGCCGGGAACUCCCGUCCCGGCGAGGGGACACCUCGCCCCUGUCGUCGGAAACGCGCUUCGAAGGACGCGAGAUGGGACCGUGGGCCGGCCAGCGGCACGUGGAAACGAUCGUGACAGAACUCCGCCCCGGCGCAUCGCUGCCGUCCCAUCAGGCCGGCAUGCAGCUGCAGGUGGAUGGCGUGGCCCUGGUGGCGCCCGCUGUCCUCGCCCCCGAGGUUCAUCUCGAGCAGCACCUCACCGAAACGGAGGUGACGUGGGUGCCGCGCCACCAGGCCUCGGAGUACCUGGUGUCGUGCAUCCCCGUCGGCGCCGCCGACGGCACCGCGCCCAUACAGAUGCGGCUGCCAGGCAGCCUGAGCAGCACCACGCUGACGGGGCUCAUGACGGGCACGCAGUACAGCGUGGUGGUGGAGGCGCUGCACGGCUCGCGUCGAGACAAGGUGCUGGAGGAGUUCAUCACCCUGCUCAACACCGUGCCGAUGAACUUGACGGGCGACGCGACGGAAGACCGCUGCAUGGACGAGGACACGGGGCGUGAUUACGCGGUGGGCGAGGAGUGGGAGCGCCCCUCCAACACCGGAUUCUUGUUCCUGUGUCGUUGCCUGGGACACGGCAGUGGGCACAUCCGCUGCGACUCUUCCAAAUGGUGCCAUGACAACGGCCAGAACUACCGCAUCGGCGAGCAGUGGAGCACCACCACAGCCACGGGGCGCCGCAUGAGCUGCACCUGCCUGGGGAACGACCUCGGGCAGUUCAAGUGUGAACCAGAUGAGAACACGUGCUACGAGGGUGGGAAGGAGUACACCGUGGGACAGAAGUGGAUGCGCAAGAACCGCGGCCUUGACUGCACCUGCACGUGCUACGGAGGACGCAGGGGCUACCGUUGCGACUGCGGUGCCGUGCAGAACGUGGCGUCCAGUUUGGCCCAGGGACACACUCUCCAUCAAAUCCGCAACCAGCUCCUCCGCCGCCCAUUUCCGAACAAAUGCACGUUUCAGUGCUGAUGAUGGACACGCCGGGGGAGGAGACGAGGGGGUGGGGGAGGGAGCUGUGGAUUGGCGUUGGUGAGAGAAGACCUUUUUUGCGAGGCAGCAGUGGGGCCUUUCCCGGCCUGCGUGCGGCCUUCCUUCUCGCGCUCGCAGCCGUCUGGAAGCUUUCUCGACUCCGCCGCGUCUUUUCUUUUUUUUAUUUGCGGCUACGCGCGGCGCUCGGUUUCGUCGCGAGAAAAUGCUCCGCCGACGACACCGGCGCGAAAGGGGCGGUGGGCGCCCUGCGGCCUCUUUGCGCGCCACGAGUAUAUUCCGUUCGGCGAAAGGUGAACCUGGUCCGCGCUAGUGCCACGUUGCGUGUUAGUUCAAGGAGCCUUUCGCGUCCGCUUGGUUAUUUGUGUUUACAGUUCGCCGUUCUACUUUGUUUUCACAGCGGGGAUAAUUUAACCGAAAAUGUACGUGAGUGGUCUUGAUUGGCAAGGAAUAUGCCCCGUUCUCACCCUAUGUUCCCCCCCCCACCCCCCAUCCUGGUUUCAAAGUCAUUCCUCGCCCCUCUGUUUUACUUUAUAAGAUGCUGUGCAUUCCAAACUGAACUUCCAACGCAGGAUGCGGUUGGGCCAGUGGUAUAGUGUGGUUGGCACGGUCCCUCUUGGGGUAUUACCAUAAUUUGGGGUGUGACUGUAUUUACACGCCGCGGUGGCGAGAUGUUAACGACCUCGCCCAGUAUAUAGGAGGUCGUGUGUUCAAUCCCGAUCCUGACCCUGAUGCCUGCUGCUGUAUAUUCGAAGUUUGCACGUUCUCCCCGUGGCCGCGUGGAUUUUUCUCCAGAUCCUCCGGUUUUUCCCUCCACGUUUAGAAUCAAACGUGCGUUUCGACUAUUUGGCUGCUAUAAAUUUCCACGCGACGAUAAGCCACUUCGUUGAGCUGUCACUUGUGAUGGCCAGGUCGCAUCUGAAAAAGAGCUACGUAGCUCAGUGGGGCCUUAUCUGGUAACAUAACAAACAAAAAACUCGAUUGGGACCACACACGCACACACAGCGGCAGCAACAUCGCCCCCUGUUGCUAGAACCUGUUAGGACUCUCUUGCUCAAAGAUUCAUUGCACUCCUAUCGUUUUUUUGUUGUUGUUGUAACUUUCUGACCUGUCCCCUUACUGGGCUCUCUGUAGAAAAGAAAAUAGCUUCAUAGCUCAUCGGAUUUCCCCAGGAUAAUUUUUUUAAAAUAUCUGAUUCUAGUGCAAGGAAUUUAAAUGAGGGAGGGGGGGCAUUCUGUCCGAUUCCUCUUCGCGGUCCGGUGCCCGACUCUCUUCCAGUCCCUGGUGCCUGGUGUGGUUGCACUGCUGAGCGUCUGGGAUUGUAGCUGCCCUCUGCAAACACGUGGCGCUUUUUGUACACCCGUUCCCACUGUUCGGCUCUCUUGCCUGUCACGUAACGCUGGGUAGAGGCUUGGCGGAACAGGUGGCACAAAAGCAUCGGUGCAACAGGGAGGGCUUGUGGGAGCGGCACGGGUUACAGCAAGAAUCCGGAGAGGCCUGAAAGGAAACGGAGCGAACAAGAAUAAGUUGAGCGGUAAAAUAAGGUGACGCUUGUAACGUUAAUCCGAGUGUUUUAUCUGAUGAUGACGAGGAUGCUAUAAUGAUUUAAAGCUUUCGUGACUGCACGGAUUCAUCUUCUUGGUUAUUUCGGAAAAGUCACUUAGAAGGGAAAUAAUAUAAUAAUAAAAUAUAAAACAUAAUAAAAUAAUUCUCACGACGUUUCGGCCACAACGCAAGCAGCCGUCCUCAGGUGAAGAACAGGGCUGUCGGAAAGACAGCGUCUGCUUGCGUUGUGGCUGAAACGUCGUGAGAAUUAUGUUUUAUUUUUAUUAUUUUAUUAUUUCCCUUCUACGUGACUUUCCCGAAAGAACCAAGAAGAUGCUAUAAUGCUUCAUGAAGCCAGAUUGAUCAUUCGUCUGUUCGUUCAUUGAGUACGGCUUUAAGUAAGUAGGGUCGGUGGUCAGGAGGCCAACGAAUUCAUUUUCAGACCACAGAAAUGCCAUUGCAUUAAUUUAAUCCACACCACAGCUCAAUGUAUAAGCACAAAACUCAACUCCAAACAAACGGGGGUGGGGGGGUUUUUUGUCUUUUUCCCAGUGUUCUUGGCACUUGUCCGACCGUCGUCAACGUCAUUGAGACGAAGUGUCCCUUGGGGAACUGCCGCAGAGCAGCGUGACGCCCCGUGUUAACAGGAUGGCCCGCGGAAGUUGAUAUCACAGAACUGCUUCCAGGAUCCUUUCAAGUGACCGCUUGUCCACGCUAGGGACAAAGCACUUUGCCGAUACACCUUGCUGCGGAGAUAUCACACUGCUGCCACCACGAUAACUUAAUCGUUUUAUUGUCAAAAGCUGGGAUUCUUGUCAAAUGAAGUAAAUGUGUUUUUUUUUUGGAGCGAUCAUUGGUGACUGGCUGCACUUGAGUAUCCGGUUUAAACAUGAAGCAGCGGAAACCCGCAUACAGGAUUUGUCUCGAGGAUCUCAGCGAUGCCAGCUCUGACCCUGCGACCCAUCCACAUCCCAAGACACAAAUGAAAAGGGCGACAUUUGUUUUUAUGUACGCAUCAAAAUAGAUUGCGGAGCCACGCAAACUCGAUACGGCCACGACCCGAUGGCAAUGCCAGGGGUGGGUCGGAAGGGUGAUAAUUGUACAACAGCAUUUGCACCGAAGGUGACAACGACGAUGACCCGAGACUGAGCAAAUCGCGUCGGCUCGAAAAUUGACCACCCUUCCCUUGGCUCACGAUCCACGAAUUGCAACACGUGGCAGCCGUCGUGCCCCACCGGGGCUCCGCAUGACCAAGGUGCUCGAUUUCGGCCACGACUAUUCGGGAACGCCGUUCUACCCAUCGGCAAUUAUUUGGGAACGCGCCACCACCACCACUGCUGUGCCAGCGAGCCUCGCAUGGCCCCCCAGGGGGGGGGGGGGCCCUCCGGCAGUUGCGAGAGAGUCUUCCUCGCCGUCCCGAAGUGGCGCUUGCUUCGUUCGUAAAUAACCGCAGUGUGACACGAAUGCUCUUUGGGUUGUUUCGGUAAAGUCACGUAGGUAAACAAUUUAAUAAACUAAAAGAAAACAACUAAAUUAAAUCACGACGUUUCGGGCGCAACACAAGCGUCCGUCAUCAGGUGGGAAAGCAUGCCCUACGUGACUUUACCGAAAACAGCCAAAGAGUAUGGAUCCUUGCAGUCACGAAAGCCUCAAAUCUGUGACACGAAUGCCUGAUAGAAAGCGGGAAAGGCACGCUGCCAGUCGUUCGUAAACCUCUUAACAGGUCAAGGCGCAGCUCUGCAAUUGUUAUCUCACGCCGCUGCUGUUGGCCACGAGGCUGGUUUUCAGUUGGGAUUGCGGGGUAAGGCACUACCACUAGACUAGAACGUACGUCCAUCCGUAAUCAUAAUACCGUCCCAUAUUGUUGUACCCUAUUUGACUAUAAUCCUAUGAACACGUUCAUAAAACAAAGAAAAUUCGAUGGAAAACGUGGCGCGAUUAUUUAAUGUGGCUUAUGUGGCAGGUUCAAAAAUAACUCUCAGACAGAGGUCGCAAACGGGUUUUGAUUCCUUACCCGUACCCGUACCCAGCCGCACCAAGGUCUCAAACGGGUACCCGUACCCGUACCCGGCUGUACCCGUACCCUACGCGUACCCGGCCGGGUACGGGUACGGUACGGUACGGGUAUCGGGUACCUGAUUGCGACCUCUGGGAUGAAGCCAUGUUGCAGGCGCGGGUGGGUUGAUUCUAGGAACUUGAAUUGUGAGAAGAGACAAGACGUUGGGAAAUGAGUGACAAACAGUUACUCACCAGUGACUCACGGCAGACCCGUACCCGUACCCGGCCGCACCAGGGUCGCAAACGGGUACCCGUACCCGGCCGGGUACGGGUAGCCGGGUAUCGUGUAGGGUACGGGUAUCGGGUACCCGGUUGCGACCUCUGCUCUCAGAACACUGUUGGGGCUAAUAUUGUUACCUGCCCGUUGAAGAUAGCGACUGUGUUAAACGUGGGUCUAUGUUAGUCGUGAUGUGACGGCAUAACGAAGCUUGUGUUUCUUUUCUAAACUUAUAUUAGUCCGGUGCUUUGUAAAGCCUCGACUUUCCUAUGCAGGGUGGGAGUUGACGUGCGUUAGUUUUUGCGGCCUUAAACCACCAGCAUCGAUGAUGACGUUAUCUAAAGCGAAGUUGGUGUUGUGAGGCAAAUGUGAUGUUAAUAAAAAAAUGUCAUUUUUCGUGUCCUCCCGUUAAAUAUCCACUGUACCUUACCCGUAGCUGCUGUUUGCAACAACAACAACAACAACAAAAAGCUGUGGCAUAUCUUUUGUAUAAAUAAACCAUUAUGAGAUUA